AACAUUUGUUUGUUUGUAUUCCAAUGUUCCUAAUUUUAGAAUCAACUGUCCUGGAUGAGGUCCAGUUGGUUGUGCCAUUGGAUGAUGUGCCGGAUGUACCACUGCUGCCAGCCAUCCUUGAGGAGGUGCCAGAUGUGCCGACUAUCCUUGAGGAGGCCACUGGUAAUUGGCAGUUUAUACCGAUUAGGUUUAGCUCCCUAUACUGUGGGCCUGUUGUGAUCAGGAACAAUGCCGGUCCGGUGGCUAAAGCUUGGAGAACUUUCCAGUUCAUCAGCCCCAUUAUCACCUACAUGCGUGGGGGAUCCCAGCAGGUGGUGGUGAGGAUGCACCAUGCGAGUAGGAUUCGAGGCCUGGAGACUCAACUGGUGUGGGCCAUCUCCAAGGAGACACACAGACUUAGUCCAGAGGGCAUCCCCUACUGUGCCACCAAGGUGCAGUCCAUCUCUUGGAUCCAGUAUGUGGCUGGCAGGGUGACCCAGUAUGCGUCUCACCUCCGCCACGAGACGUCUGUGGCCGUGACGCAUGGCUGCUACCAGCAAACUGAUGUCUCGGUGGUGUACGCCACUCUCCACAUGGGGCUGGAUGGGCUGCUCUCCUCCUCGGCGUGGUCGGAGGCUGCCUCCGUCUCUACGCCCACCACUCAGCAGUUCACUGAGCCAGAUCCUGAGGGCCACAACUGCUAUGAGGGCUGGGAGGAGGACCUGCUGCCUGAGGAGAGGGAGGUUCCUCUGCUAAACCUCUACCUUACCACCAAGAGAGUGGAGGACAUCGGCCUGAGGCUCGUCUCCCUGCGCCAGGCCUUUACUACCCUGCUCGGUUCCACCCUGAGUAGGAACCAUCUGUUUGUGGCGGGAAAGGUCCUACUGGGCGCACUGGUUCAGGUCCACCAGAUGGACGAGGCCGAAUUCAUCCGUGCCUAUAACGACUUUGUGGACUACCUGAGUGACCCCUCCAAGCAGAUUGACAUUGAGAGGGAGCUGGCUGAGGCAAAGAUCCAUCAUGUUAACCUGAUAGAUGUCCUUUUGAGCUGGUGCUGUUUCGGAUGA